UUUAUUUGAUAUAGUUGGUAAGAUCUGUUGUCAUGUGUUGAUGUCAUGCUCUAUCUCAUCACUGGAAAAUUUCGAUGUCAAAAUUACAUAGAACUGUUCGCGUGUACCUAAGGCACAGAAAUUGGUAUUUUAUAUAUGGCUAUAAACUGUCAACUCUGUAAAAUAUCCUCGUGAGAUCUGCGACGAAAAUCCACAUCGCAAAAAUGCACGUUUUCUUACGUUCAACCGUUGCCAAUGGACAUUACAAGAUAUUUAAAUGUUGUCGUCAUUGUCCACCAAAUUUAAAAUGCGUGUGCAAUAGGACCCGCGUUGAGCACGACUUCAAAUUAUCACAGAGGCACUUGUCAAGUAGAUCCCGAGUACUCGGCAGUUUUGAUUUGGGCCUCCUUGUUAAUGAACGACACAAACUAUUAGUUUACCAAUUAAAUGAGGGCCCCACUUUAUCAACAAUUAGAACAAUCGCAUUUUCAGCACCUCUAUUUGACAAAGAACCUCUGAAACCAUCCUCGAAGAUUGAAACAACCGUUCAGGAACUAAAGAAAAAGAAAGAAGGUGAAGGUGAUCUCCCAAAACCUGUUGUUAAGAAACCUCUUAAACAAAGAAUCAUCGAUGAGCUAGUGCAUUACUAUCACGGGUUUCGGCUGUUGUUCAUUGACAUGAAAAUUUCCAGUGUGUUAGUUUGGAGGGUUUUGAAUGGGAAGACUUUGUCAAGACGUGAAUAUCGGUUACUUUCAAGAACUGUAGGUGAUAUGUUUAGAUUGGUACCGUUUUCUGUAUUCAUAAUAGUCCCAUUUAUGGAAUUCCUUUUACCUGUUUUUAUAAAAUUAUUCCCCGGCAUGUUACCGUCUACGUUUCAAACAGCAACGGAACGUGAGGAUAAACUAAAACAAAGUUUAAAAGUGAAACUCGAAAUGGCUAAGUUCCUGCAACAGACUCUUGAGGAUAUGUCCGCCCAGCACAAGGAUAGGAAUUCACAACAGGCGAAAGAAUUCACCGAAUGGUUCCAAAAAGUUCGAACUUCAGGUGAAGAAGUCAGCAACGAAGAGAUUCUAAAAUUCUCUAAAUUAUUUCAAGACGAAAUCACUUUGGAUUCGCUAACGAGAAGUCAACUUGUCGCAUUAUGUCGUGUUCUCGAAGUUCAAACUUUAGGAGUAAGUGGUACAAACAACAUGCUACGAUUCCAAUUGCGAAUGAAACUUCGUCGAUUAGCAGCUGAUGAUAAAAUGAUUCAAAAAGAAGGUAUCAAUUCGUUAACUUUAGCUGAAAUCCAACAAGCUUGUAGAGCACGAGGAAUGAGAGCUUUCGGUGUAUCGGAAGCUCGAUUGCGAUCACAAUUAUCAAAAUGGCUUGAUUUAAGUUUAAAUGAAAAAGUACCACCAUCACUUUUACUUUUAAGUCGUGCUUUAAUGUUACCGGAAGCGAUUCCAACGGGUGAUAAAUUAAAAGCAACAAUUUCUGUACUCCCAGAUACGAUCGUAACACAAACUAAAGCUGCUAUUGGAGAAAGUGAAGGUAAAGUUGACAAUCGGGUUCGUUUGGAGGUUAUAAAAGAAGAGGAAAGGAAGGUUAUAGAAGAAAGGAAAGAACAAAGGGAGCUUAAGAAACAAGAAGAACAAGCUAAAAAAGAGGUUAUUGUCGAUAAAGCUCCCACGCUUUCAGCGGCAGCCGAAAAAGAAAUGGUUGAUAAAGCUGAAGUUAUUGACGUUAAAGCUGAAAAGAAAAUGGAAGAUGAACACAUCCGUUCUAAAGAUUUAGAAGUGUUGGAAGAUGCUCUCGAUACACUUUCGAAAGAAAAGAAAGCAAUUGUUGAAAAAGUUGGUAUUGAAGAACUAAAAGAACAUUUAGCUGAGUAUCAAGAGGAUGUUGAAGAUUUAAAUAAAGCAAUAGCCGAUAUGCCUAAACCGGAAAUAAGAGAAAGUAAAGCUGCGCAAAGAUUAUUUAAAAAAGUCAACAGGAUGAUUGGUAAAAUGGAUAGCGUAUUAAACGAAUUGGAAUUACGUGAAAAGCAAUUGAAAAAGGAUCUCGAAGUUGAAAGUACCGAUAAGAAAAAGGAAGAAAUUUUAAAAAUUGAUGACAUCAUGGAAGCUAUUAAAAAAAUUAAAAAAGUUCCCGAUGAAUCGAGACUACAACAAAUUCAUAAUGUUUUAAGUAAAAUCGAUGAUGAUUGCGAUGGAUCUAUAAAGGUUGAGGAUGUUUUAAAAGUUAUUGAAUUUAUUGGUAGUGAAAAUGUUCAAUUAAGUGCAAAACAAAUGUCUGAAAUUAUAGAUUUAAUUGAUAAAGAAGAGAUACUCGAGGUUGAAGAGAAGAUUGAAAAAGCACUUCAAAAAGAAAAACAAGGGGCUACACCGCCAAUACAAAAAGAAUUAAAAAAGGAAUUGCAACAGAAGGAACAACAAAAAAACGAGCUGGAGCCGCCGUUGAUAAUGAAAAGCGGCGGCGAAAUGAAAGUAAUGGAAAAAGUGACGGAGGAGACAAAUAGAGCUACAUCUAAACUAUCACAAGAAGCACAACAAAUGUCAGUUUCACCACCUUUCGAUAGUUUAGAUGCUACUAAGAAGGAUAACACGAAAUCACUAUAACAAAACAAGCCCUAAUAAUAACAAUUUUAGUACAGCUUUAAAAAUAUAAAAAGUAACGAAACCUGAGUAAUUUAUACAACUAUAUUUGGUAAUUUGAAGAGGUAUAUUUAAAACAAAAAUAAUAAAAAAGAAAUAUAUAAGUGGUUUGCUUGUACAGUUUUUCUUUCUUUUGGAACUAAUUAGUUUUUUUUAAUUAAUAAUUUAGAUUAAUUAAAAUAAAAAGUAACCCUCCGAGCCCCGCAUUAACACAAUUUAUGUCAUUUUUGGGUUUCUAGGGGAUUAUAAAUUGGGGGAAAGCCCGACUUAGUUAAUUUAUUUUUUUUCUGUGUCUUUUGCACAAAAAUGGUGCAUUGUGAUAACAAAAACUGGAUAGAUAUGGUUCGAUUAUUUCGUAAGGAAUUUUUUUUUGCAAUUAAAUGUUAUAUUGAA